AAAAUCCUAGACGUCCGUGAGAAAAUAAAAAACAAGCUUCUAUGAUAGAAGUCAAGAGUAUCAUUUAGCUCGUUGAAGAUUAAAAUCUACGCCAUCUCGAGAGCCGUCGGGAAGAUAAGUUAUCAAUAAACAUGCCAUACUCACGUUUAACUCGAGAAACUGAGCGUCGCUCAUACCCGAUGUCCUGAUUGCCUAUGGAUAUUUUCGGUCGGUGUAACGGCCCUGGAGCUGGUAGUACCACAGUGACUGGAACAGGAGGAUCAGUAAGAACCGCAUCUUCUACUGAUUCAGCGGGGACCGCAAGUUCAAGUGAAACUACUGAAACAACUGGAAGCAGAAUGCAGUUGACUGGAGCAUCAGCACCUGGGACUGCUGCCUCACCAGAGUCUGGAGUCUCUCCUCUGACGGAUGCUUACACAAAGAUGACUACGGAUAUCCUGACAGAAAGAACACUUGGUGAUUUCGUCAGUGAACAUCCUGGAGAACUUGUGAAGACAGGAUCUCCACAUCUCGUAUGCACAGUUCUGCCAGCUCAUUGGAGGUCUAAUAAGACUCUGCCUGUGGCUUUUAAAGUAGUAGCCCUAGGGGAAGUUGGUGAUGGAACUUUAGUUACUGUCAGAGCAGGAAAUGACGAAAAUUGUUGUGCUGAGCUGAGAAAUUCCACAGCUCUGAUGAAGAAUCAAGUAGCUAAAUUUAACGACUUAAGGUUCGUCGGAAGAAGUGGUAGAGGCAAAAGCUUCACCCUUACGAUAACUGUAUCAACGACACCGCCCCAAGUGGCUACCUACACCAAAGCCAUCAAAGUCACGGUCGAUGGUCCAAGAGAGCCUCGUUCCAAGACCAGUGAGUAUCACUGGCAUCAGCAACAAUUUCAUGCAUUUGCAUUUGCUUCACAAAGAGGAACACCGUUUUUUGCAUCACCUCUUGUUGAUUCACUUCAACCUCUACCGAAUCCACUUCAGCCACUGCCGAAUCCUCUGCAGCCACGUGAUCCGCUUUCUUCAUUUCGCCAUGCAAUGCCUGGAAAUUGUCAAAACAUGUCUCAGUUUGGAUUGACGCCGGGCAACUCUUGGGGAUACGGUAGUACUGCUGGGUAUGCCGGAUAUUUACCAGGACCACUGUCAUCCUGUGCAGCUCAAGCUCCAUUCCCUCCACCACCACCACCACCAUCCGCACCAGCUUCUUCGUUAACUACUUUCUCAGGAGCUGCUGCUAUGAGCACACCAACUGCUCCUGAUUCUACUGCUGGCUCCCCUAACGUCACCUCCGGCAAUAGCUCGAGGACUCCUCAGCAAGAUGCUUUCUCCUCAGUAUCGUCAUUGGUCCCAGAUACCACAACACCUGGUCAAGCUGAUCCUCUAGACCCCUUGAGCACUUUGAUGUCGGGAACAACCCAAAGAUACCAAGAUUAUGUGUCUCCUCGUUCACUUUCAACUGAUUCCAACACCACUGACAGUCCAGUUCAUGAAGAAGGCUUUGGACAAAAUUAUGGAAACUACUUUCCAACGCCUGGUGUGUUACCUAGCAUCCUUUAUUCUCAGAUCUACGGCAAUCAAUUUCAGAACUCGGAAAGUUCAGAACAAACAGCCGUCGCAGAAAGCUGUAGUGUCAGACAAGAAGAAGUCAGGCCAGACAAUAAUGUCUGGAGACCUUAUUGAGUGAUUGGUGCUUUGGUGAACUAUAAAAUUUAAUUUAACAAAUUCGAGAGUUGUGACUCUAUAUCAUUUUUUGUUUCUCGACUUUUAUGUAAAAAAUUUUUUAAAAGUCGUGCAA